CCUUGCCAACCAAUCACGGCAAACCAAACCUCGCUUUGCACCGAGUUCCACAGACAAAUUACGGACGUGUAUGGGUUUAACAAAUUCUGCAACAGAUCUCAAGCAUCCUGUAGAGGGGGUAGCUAUGGUCCUCCAGGUCGCAUUGAUUUUGCCUGGGGAUACUGCUACUGUGACGAAUUAUGUAAAAGGAUCGGUGAUUGCUGUGUUGAUUAUGAAGAGUGGUAAGUUUAUUUUUUCAAGUUUAACCCUUUAAACCCUAAGAUCAAAAUUUGAAUUCUCAUUUGUUGCCCCCAUUCAUUUCCUACAGAAGUAGUGGGGAGAAGUUGAUAAAAUAUCAAGAAAAUUCAUCUUAGUGUGAUCAUGUCCGUAAUUCUCAUGACCACUCUGUUUUACAAAGCAUUGGUAUUACAAGGAGAAAUUUGAUGCUGAUCACUCUUAAGGCUUAAGAGCGGAUGUCAGUAAAUAUCGACCAGAGGUCUACAAAAGUGAAAAAUCGAAAAUUCUCAAAAAAAUUCACAAAGUAGCACUAGGUAAGCUAUUAACAUAAAUGUAAUUUUUACUUCGAUCCGAUAAUUAUUUUCCACGUACGGGGGGGUUAUUGGUUUCGCGGCUCUCGGACCGGGUUUUCCAGGCCCGAGACCAUGUGUCGCAAAAAAAUCGUUUUAAAAUUCAAAUCCAUUGUAAUGUGGACAACAAAUAACUUAUUCAGAAGAGUACUUAAUUGCACACAUUCUAAAUGGUCAUUUACUCAGUUUGAACGAAAGUGUAAUAUUUUGGAGAUUUUUCAUUAUUUUCAAUAUUUUGAACGUUUUCGUUCAAUGAAAAAAUAGCAAAUUUCAAAGCCCAAAAUCGUCGACUGGUACCUCGAUUUCAGUAACGAGUCUUAUACCACGUUAAAGAGCGUUAUCUCUUCUUUCAAAAUCUGUUUUCAAAACUACGGGCAACUUAAAAGAAAAUGUUUGAGGCCAAAAAAUACUGGUAGUACUUUUCUGAAAUUUGAGCUUUCCAAACUCAGCGGGUCGAUGCUAAAAACUCAGAAAAAUGCAAUAAGAAAUCUGUUUGAGCAACAGUGAUUUAACGUUAUCAGCUAUCAGAAACCAACACGUGUUUAUCGAGCGAUCUGAUAAAUUUAAAGCCGUUUUCCAACAAGAAAAGCAGAGUUUUAUAGCAAUCUUCUGCUACCAAACGCACGAGUGACGUAAGGUUGUCAAACGGCAAAGCACAAUAAUAAACUUCAAAAAGCACAAUGUUUCUGCGUCCAGGAAUUAGACUUUAGCGGACAGAACAAUGCCUACGAGUGUAUGUUUCAUACCUUAGCAUGGGUUUCCUCCAUACUGGAAAUAAAAAACAUCAAGGACCGCAUCGGUAACAGCAUCUUCGGCUGCUCUCAAACGACGGAGAUUGCGUUACUUUUCACAGAUUGACCGCUUACCCCCUGUUUUUGGGCUCGCAUUUCGACGGAACGCUUGCCUCGAGAGGCGCGCGGCACGGAUCUGAACUCUUCUUCACGAGACAUUGAGCUGAAUUUAUCGAAAAUAUGCCACCACCACCAACAACAUGAGCUUUUUGCGGGUAUUUGUCGUUUGUUAUGCGAAAAGUUCGGGUAAGCAGAUUCUCGCAAAAACCAUUUGGCUUAAAACAUGUGUUUAAAAGCCCACCCUGGAUUUGAAGCAAAAAGUAUUUCCUCGAAAUAAGCUAAAAAUACCCACUUCACGCGGUCAAAAAAUGGAUGAUUAUGGAAGGAUUAUCGAAUUCUUGCCUAACCUGAUUGAUUUCCCGUGAUGUAGGAUUAGGGCUAGGAAAAAGGACCAUAGCCUGCUCCUGUCGUUGUGAAUUUCCUCAAGAUCAAAAAUUUCAGUAAGAACUGAAAACAACAGCUUAAAGGAGGUGCACACACCUUGAACUAGCCAGGGAAAAGGGGCUUCUGAUUGAGCUAAACUGUCAUUGGUGCACGGUGAAAUUAGGUAGACCUGUUACUAUCCCCCGCGCAACCACAUGGGGAGUACUUUGAAGCGGUCCUGUCGGGGACUUUCGGGGGUAGGGGGCGGGGCAAAUCGAAAAUAACUUCUCUUUGUUUUUGUGAAGUACAUCAUUUCUCGCACGGUUGACAAGGUGACGGUGGACUCCGUACCUUUGGAAAGGCCCUUUUGAAACAUGUCCUGGCAACAUGCAAGGCAUCACGAAAUUAACGUCAACAGCUUGAAUCAACUCCAUGAACAGGGAGAGGCGAUAAGUCCCAUCUUAAAACAUGCUUGAUGUCUAGACCUGAAUAGUCUGUCCACAGUCAUUUUUCAUUUUGUAUUUCGGGACCAUUUGACAGCGUACGAGUGAACCGGAGCGCAGUGACGAGCCCUAACCCCACCCCAUUGCCUUUGCGGUCAAUAAAUCAUCGCGUUUUUCAUUUUUUUUACGCGCGUUCGAGAACCUCCAAAGGGAAUAUUGAAGGUCUUUGUACAGUUUCAGUUUAUUUUACCGACAAAAGAGAACAAAAGAAAGCAAAAGACAAGUAUACAGAAACACGCGGAAGCAAUGUGGUGAGGAAGCCCAAAAAGAAACCAUAAGGCUUAGGUCAUCCCCUUUUCGUUCGUUUAGCGUCGAAUAGGUUUCCUGGUUUUCGGUGGGUCGGUCGGUGGGGUGAAAAAAAAAAUCACAAGAAAUCUGAGAACGGGAGGCCUGAAACACCAGCAUCAUAGCCGUGGAGACUGAAAACAACAAGACAUGGUCACCAAAUCGACACAAACUCAAUAUGGCGGAAAAUUUGAUGGUCAAUUUCAUAAAAAAAGACCCAGAAAGGGUAAAAAGCAAAGACUACACCACCGAACGUUUUAUGCCUCGAAAUGAUGUUAUAAUGCUAAUUUUUUAGAUUAAAAGAAUUAAUCUAAGUCCGAAAAAAAUAAACCUUGUCGUUUCUUUUUCUUGCUUUUUUAAAAAAUGCCAAAAAACUGGGUCUUUUGGACGACACUAAACGAAGAAAAAAUUAAUAUAGGAAUUAAGCUCCCUUAAAGUAUAAAAGUAUAAGUUUACAAGGACAGGAUGGAACGUAUACUGAGUAACUAAAUGAUAAAAAUUUGAUCAAAAUUAAAUGAAAGGCUAAGAGCCUAAGCCCUGUCUGAUAACGAAACGGUAAACAAGAAGUGCUGCCUCUCAUUUAAAAGAGACGUGAAAUACUGGGUGGACCACAUCCUGAACUCCCGCGAAAACCGCAAGAGAGGAACGCCCUGGGCUAAGGAGACUAAACAGGGGCCUAGCUACUUGUACGCACGGUUUGCACGUGCCUACCCGAAAACAUUGAGGCAAAAAAAUAGAAUGAAAGAAACAUAACUAAAAAAAAUCGGUUUCCGGAGAAGCGACGACAUUAAUUGGAGAACCAAAUGUUGGAUGAUUUAUUUAUAUAGCAAGCUUGAUGAUGUAAAGCGUGAAGUUGUCUUCUCCACGACCUGUCUUCGGAGUAGACGAGGUAGGACACAAUUACGUCAAUGUGUGGUGCUUUUGUCGGUCAAAAAUAAUGUGACAAAAAGGGGUAAAAAGAGUCAUUUGUAAACUAAAGUCGGAGGUACUACAAGCUUGAUUUUUAAUAGCUGAAUUAAUAAUAUACGGUUGACGUCAAUGAACAUAACAAGCCGACAGAAUUAAAGAAUUUUAGAGGUUGUGUCAUUUCAUAAACAGCAAAAAUGUUUUUGCUUACAACCGUUAACCCCACCUUUAAUAAAAGCACGUUAAAAAAAUGUUGAGAUUUGGGGUGGGGGGGGGGGAAAGAAGAUGUAGAAAAAGUUGGCCUUACCUCCGGAAAAAUCCUGACUACGCACCUGCUAAAGCCUGAAACUGAACAACAGGAGUCUUGACUAAACGUCCUCAGUUAUCACCUGUCCGGGGUCGUACUUUCAAGGAAACGCUGAUCAAGAAUCACUCAUGACGGAAUGAAAACUCCUCGUAGCUUCCAGCGAAAAAAGGAGUGACAACAGUGGUAUGGUAAGCGGUCGUUCUGUGAAAUGUAACGCAAUCUUUGCCGUUUACGAUCUUUCGGCGCUUGGAUUUGAAACGUUGUUGUUUGGUAUGUUCUCCCGUGUGGAUACUUGACAUUUCCAAUAUAUGGAAACACCAUGCUAAGGUACGAACAACAGACAUUCACAACAUUGUUUAAUUUUGUACGCUAAAAUCUGAUUUCAUGGACGUAAAACGUUUUGAAUUUUAAGACUUUUUAAUAUUAGUGCUUUGCCCUCCCUUUGACAACUUCACGUGACUGGUGCACUUGGCAGGAGUUGACAGCUUAAAUCUGCCUUUCUUGAUAGCAAACGGCAUUAAUUUAUAUCAGAUCGCUGUAUAAACACGUCUUGGUUUCUGAAAGCUGAUAAUAUGAAACCACUAUUGCUCAAACUGAUUUCUUACUGUAUUUUUCCAAGUUUUUAGCAUCGGCCCGCCGCGUCUGGAAAGCUCAAAUUUCAGAAAAGUACUACUUGUAUUUUUUGGCCUCAAACAUUUUCUUUUAAGUUGCCCGUAGUUUUGAAAACAGAUUUUGAAAGAAGAGAUAACGCUCUUUAACGUGGUAUAAGACUCGUUACUGAAAUCGAGGUACCAGUCGACGAUUUUGGGCUUUGAAAUUUGCUAUUUUUUCAUUGAACGAAAACGUUCAAAAUAUUGAAAAUAAUGAAAAAUCUCCAAAAUAUUACACUUUCGUUCAAACUGAGUAAAUGACCACUUAGAAUGUGUGCAAUUAAGUACUCUUCUGAAUAAGUUAUUUGUUGUCCACAUUACAAUGGAUUUGAAUUUUAAAACGAUUUUUUUGCGACACAUGGUCUCGGGCCUGGAAAGCCCGGUCCGAGAGCCGCGAAACCAAUAACCCCCCCGUACGUGGAAAAUAAUUAUCGGAUCGAAGUAAAAAUUACAUUUAUGUUAAUAGCUUACCUAGUGCUACUUUGUGAAUUUUUUUGAGAAUUUUCGAUUUUUCACUUUUGUAGACCUCUGGUCGAUAUUUACUGACAUCCGCUCUUAAAGGGUUAAGGUACGGUGAAACGGGCAACAAAAACGUGCAAUUGUUUGGCAACAUCUUUGCAAAACGAGCUGAAUAGCGACCCAUCUUGCAACAAAUCAGGCUGUUAUCGCUCGUCGCGAGAAAGAAAUGUUGCCAAUAUGAAUAUGUUGCGCGUCCUAUCCACCCAACGCGAACUUGUUAGGCAACAAUUGACGCAACUCCUAUGUAUUGUGCGUCUCCCGUGCAAUUCAUCUCAUCAGGAACCCUCAUUACAGUAUUCACGCAACUUAAACUAAGAACCAUAAUGGGAACUGAUUUCCUGCGAAAAAGAUUUGAACAAUGGUGGUAAAACGCGCAACGUUGCACGUGUUUGCUGCCCGCUUUAUAAUAGCUUUAGGUUAUCUUCACAUCAUACAGGAUAGCUUCUGCACCUCCACGAAAAUUAUAUCGGAUAGCGCUCUGUUCACACACAAGAACGGUUGUUAAGCGGCACUGUCUGACGGAGUGAAACUGCGCAGCGCUGAUCUGAAAAGUGGAGUGUUACAUAUCCGAUUGGUUUUGUGCCAUACUUGGAUGCAGUGUGAACACCUUUUCAGCCCCUCGUGGAAGUAAAUAAGCAACGAGAUCUGGAAUCCACUGAGACGGGAGUAAAUAUUUUAAGGAGGGAGGAUUAAGAACACCAGGCCCUCUUGGCCAACCGCGCCGGCACUAUGAUUGAUGUGUGUGAACGACGGCUUGUGCCUCCCCCGGUCGUGAUGCCAGGAAAAGCUAUCGGCUUAGAUAAUCCUCUUUUGAUACUAAUCAAACACUUUCAUUUACUAUCCGAUCUUAAAUAACUAAUACCACUAUCCUUAUUACCAUCAUUACCGCCAACAUCGAUCCAUCAUUACUAUCACCACCAUAUUUAUUCACAUCAUCAUCACAAUUCUCACCGUCAACAUCGAUCCUUCAUAACCACCAAUGGUAUCGUCUUGACAACCACCACCACCAGCCAUUACUAGCAAUUCGGAUCGAUCAUCACCACCACCGCCGUGAUCCUCAAUAUCGAUCAACCAUCACCACCAUCGCCAUUGCCUUUAAUAACCACCAGUACCAGCGCGAACAUCAUUAUGACCAUUAUCACCGUCAACAUCGAUCCACCAUCACCACCAAUAAUAUCGUUUUGACAACCACCACCGCCGCCGCCACCAUUACUAGCAAUUCGGAUCAAUCGUCACCACCACUGCCCUGAUCCUCAAUAUCGAUCAAUCAUCAACACCAUCGUCAUCGUUUUAACCACCAGUACUAGCGCGUACAUCAUUAUCACCAUUAUCACCGUCAACAUCGAUCCAUCAUCACCACCAAUAGUAUCAUUCUUACAACCACCACCACCACCGUCACCAUUACUAGCAAUUCGGAUCAAUCGUCACCACCACUGCCAUGAUCCUCAAUAUCGAUCAACCAUCAACACCAUCGUCAUCGUCUUAACCACCAGUACUAGCGCGUACAUCAUUAUCACCAUUAUCACCGUCAAUAUUCGAUCCACCAUCCUCACCAACGGUAUCGUCUUGGAGACCACCACAACAAUUAUUACUGGCAAUUAGGAAAGAUCCUCACCAUCACCGUCAUAAUAUCGAUCAACCAUCAUCACCACUGCUACUUCCUUAACCUUCAGCACCAUAACGAUCCACAUCGCCAUCGACAUUGAUUCACCAUCACCACUACCAUCGUCAUUACAAUCACCACGACCACCAUAUCCACCACCAUUGUAGCUAACAAUAUGUUUCUAUGAAAAAGGUUUAAUGCCGCUUAAGGACGACACUACAGUUUUUAGUUCAUUACUUGGCUUUUAAAGCAGUAACAAAAUCAAUUUUUUUUCUUGCAAUAAUCUUUUUAAGGUAUCCGGCGUCUAGUGCUUCAUCCCAGACAACAGGUUUUAUGGAAUCCUGUAGAAGGAAACCAUCCAAUGAAAAAAGCUCAAUAUUUGGUUACAUCAUGGUCGCCAGAUGUCCGCCAUCUUGGCAAAACUCUUCAACCGCGCAAAAGUGUAUAUCCACCAAUUACUCUGCUGAUCCUAGCACUGCUUUACCAGUUUUUGAUGCAACGGAGAAUCUAACAUAUGCCAACAUUUACUGCGCGAUGUGUCAUGGGAAGACACGUCACCUACACCACUGGAGUCUUAAAAUAAUGAGAAACCUGCGGCCGGAUAUCUCAUUGCAGGACAUAAGGCUACCAAAUGCGUUGUGGGAAGCACUACCUGGUGUAGAUAUGACUACUUACAAAUGUCUUGUUACACCUAAGGAGGCCAUGGCAGGACCUGAUACGAAAGAGAAACGAUCCUGCCGAGCAUACGCCAAUGGAAUUGCCAUUGAACUAGAAAAAAAUUUCAAGAACCCUCAUUGUGCUCUUCUAUCGUCAGAGAACAUUCUUGUGAACAACUGGGUAGUUUGCCAUCGUGAACUCCGUCUUCCGUCUAGGCUGUCUUUCAUGAUCUUCACUUUUUCCAGCAAGGCCAGAGUUAACAAUUUAGAAUUCAGAAGUUCAGCUGUGCGUAUUGAAGUUAGCUGUGACAUCAACGAGAUCUACGAUCCAUUCAAAGGAAGAUGUCUGUCAGUUGACUCCGAUUUCAAGCACGAGAACACGUCAGAGCAAAAGCUUUGCCGUGGUCCGCGCAUCCCGUCCAGCGAAUUUCUUCUUCUCGCUAACCAUUCAGUUUACGUUAUUCCGCACCAAAAAGUCUACAACAACGACAGCUUUAUUGAAAUAAAUAAAACACUUAUUGUUUGCUCGAACUUUUCCCGCAACUACACUAUAACAAAAGAAAAACUUGGGAAAGAUCAGAACCUAAAUCAAGACCAAACGCUAACUUUCAUCGUCAUCACUUAUGUUGGGUUUUCGUUGUCGAUUAUUUCCCUUGUUUUCCUUUUGCUGACGUAUUUCCUGUUUGGAGAGCUGCGGACCUACCCUGGUAAAGCAGUAAUGCACCUGUCAUGCGCAAUGAUAGCCAUGCAGUCCUUGUACUUUGCUGCAGACCCGGAUGUUGUUUCCUUUACAGCCUGUGCUGUGUUGGGUGCCUUGUUGCAUUACUCCAUCCUUGCUUUUUUCCUUUGGAUGGGUGCUAUCGCUCACAGCACCAUGAAAACUUUCCUAAAGCCAAGUAAGCCUCACUGUUUUACACUGAACACUUUAAAUACCAAUAAAUGUUAAUUCCCAUAAUUAUCUGAUGUCGAUUCUCAGACCGCUGGAAAAUAAGAUGAAACAACGUUAUAUCAUUUAUAUAUCAUCAAGAACGUUUUCAGUCGCGUCUUAUUUUGGUUCACGUCCCAAAAGUCUCAUUUUUAUUCACUAUGCAUCUUUUAUAUUCUUUUUACUGGAUUUGGCUGAUAUCAACAUGUUUUGUUUGUGUAGAUUUAAACCCCUCCAAUCCUGUGGUCAUAACUGAGCAAAAGAAAGCAUACAUUUGCUACAGUGUGGUUUGUUGGGGACUUCCAUUUGUGGCUGUUGGAGUUUGCAUGGCCUUGCAAUGGACUAGCACCGGAAAUGUUCGUUACGGUGAGUAAUGGGCACGACUCCCGAUAUGCUGUAUUAGGGAAACACGAUGUCAAGAUAGCUGGAUAUUAUUCGCCAAGGUUCCGAGGUGAUCGCUAUCGGGCAAGAUUGGAAGGGAGUGGGGGUUGGGGUGGGUGCUGAGCCAUCCUUUGUUUGGCUAAAAAGAAUAUUUGCCGUUUGCUACUGAACAGGGUGUAGUUUUAAGUUUCUUGAGUCUAAUUCAGGGUAUACAAUCUCACUAUUUAGCGUCCCAGCGGCACACCAGUAGACAAACCUCCACUGAGUGACGUCCCCGACCCCCUUCCUUGGAAUUUUGCCCUCACGGGUAGCCAAAGAGAAUAUAGGGUUCCCUUCAUAUUUCUCACUCGCGGGUGAUGUGAAGUGAAGCGGAGUCAGCAAUAUUUGCUAGUCAGUUUGACUGAAUUUCAAAAUGUUGUACGACCGACGAACCCUUACAGGACAACUUCUAGCUUCGGCAUCAAAGUGUGAAGGUUUCUUUAGUCUUUCACAGCCGUAGAAUGUUUUUGUUAGCCCUUUUAAUUAGAUUCUUUCACAGGCCGAAAUGACCGCGAAAUCUUCACCAUGUCAUAUACCUCAACUAGUGAAAUCCAUAACGCUUUAUAUACCUGAAGCCUGAAAAAGGCACACCUUUUGGGAGGUAGACUUAGCCACAAGUUGCCGAUAAAUUUCCAAAAAACUGCCGAUAAAAGUGUCUAAAAGUUUUAGCCUCCUCAAUAGGAUUAAUCGGGUAUUCAUCUGCAAGUUCUUCCCAGCUGGAAUCUGAAUCCCUGAACGUGUUGUCCGCCAUCUUGAAAAACGUGUCACGUGAUACCGCUGCAACACCAAGCUGGCAUUGGUAAUUGGGCCGAUCCUUAAGUCCACACACUCACAUAUUAGUAUAAACCAGUUGAAUUUAGCCCACUUUUCCUUCGAAAGCUAAUUAAUGUCGCGAAAAAAGUAAAAAAAUAAUUUAAUUCUUAAUUCUCUGAAAGCAAAACCCUGUCCAGCGGCGGACACCCGUUUAGACAAAAUCUGCCCCCUCCCUGGCGGGCAAACAUCUCGUUAAGAUUCUGCUCUGAGAAAAUGUGAUUAUGGAAAUAGUCAAAUCACAUAAGAUUCUUCUUUGACAGCUGUUUCUCAUGUUUUUCAGGUUCAGAUGUCGACAAAGAUGGAUGUCAGCUGUCUCUGCCUGCUCGCAUUUAUGCCAUUGCGAUCCCUGUGUCGUCGUUGCUUCUGUUUAACAUUGUGGCUUUGAUUCGCACAGCCUUUGCUAUCAAACAACACGGACAAGUAGGUUAUUUUAAAAUCUUACUCCGUUGAUAGUGAUUUAAAUGGCACACCAUUUUCAAUUUGCACUCUCGACUUUUUUGUGAGGUUACCUAUUGUAUUUUAUUAUGAAGGAGAAGUGGGAAUAGGUUAAAAUCAUACUGAUAGGGUCACAGCCCCAUUCAGCACUCCUAUACCAAAAAACAAAAAGAAGAACAACAAAGAUAACACUCUUAACCCUUUCAGUGCCAAGUGUGGCCAAGGGCAAAAUUCAACAAAAAUCCUCAAAUUUCGUUUUGUAAAAUUUUGAAAACAAACAGCACCAUCUUAAAGUACAGGCAGAGAGGAUUCAUUUGAAUGGCCACAUCAUAGGAUUUUGUCCAGAGACUCAAAAGUUAGAGUCGCCUUAAGGGACUCCAACAUUCACUCUGGCAGUGAAAGGGUUAAACUAGAUAACUGCAGAACUGUUGUGUUACAAAAACGGCAAUGAACCAAGCAUAUUUAUGUUUUCUAAAUUUGAAGUUUUACAAAUCUAAUUUGAAGUUGCAUUUUGCGGAAGAUUUGAUAUCUUAUGCAAAGACGAAAUAGCCGGAAAAAUGCCUGAAAACAUUGGAUUUGGAUAACAGGAUAACAACUGCUAUUUAAAGAAUAUCUCUUGGAAUAAACAUAACUUCAUAUCCUGGAACUGCUGAGGACCAGACAAAAAUCGGUGUAGCAUAAUUAUUUUGUUGACGAUGGAAACAUGUUGAUUAUGAAUAUAACUAUUAAUUGAUUUCGCUUUCGUAUGAUAUGACGAAUUAUGCAAAUGUCGAAGGAUGAUAACCUAUCCUAACCUAUCCUGACGGAUACCGGACCUCUCACCCCCCUCCCCCCUUAGUUUUAGACCAAACUGAGGUCUGAAGGGCCGAGAAAAAUUUGUUUUGAAACCGCUCUAUCUCAGGGUCUGGAUCACCUUCCCUGGAUCCGCCAUUGCUAACAUUCCUUGAUCUGCAUCAUCACUUAGCCUUAUCCAAUAAUUGCUUUAUAUUCGUUCAAAAUAUUUCACUGUCUCUGAUUGGCUCAAAUACCUCGGCUAAUUCUUGACGAACAGUACGAUUUCCGGUUAACGGUUAUUCUUGUGUGACUGCUAAGGGACCGGUCAUUAUUUAUCGCCUGGGGGGGAGGGGAAGGAUUUUAGGGGGGAUCACAUGAGUUUUGAGAGAGAAGGGGGGAUCAGUCGUAACUGAGAACCCAAAAGGGGGAAUCGCUAAAAACUUUGGAAGGAUUCAGAGGGGGGAACCAUUCAAAUUUGCUUAGAAAAUGAAGACAUAUGGGGGUCGCGAAAGUCAUCAAAAGUUAUUAGGGGGGAUCUCUGCAGUGAAGUAACUUUCAAAGGGAGGGAUUGGCUAAAUUUCACCUUGUUCAGCCUCAAAUCCUUCGCCCCCCCCUUCCCCCACCCGGAGAUAAAUAAUGACCGAUCCCUAACAGAACUGAUGAGUAGCCUUUGUCACUAACCCUGUAUUUGCGCCAAAUACUGCUAAUAGAUAGCAAUAAAUUAUGGUUCUUCUAUACAGAAAGACUAAAUGUUUCUCUAUUUCAUGCACCUCACAGGGCAAUAGAGCCGCUACUGCUCAAAGAAACCUGCCAGUCAUAGUACUGAAAUUGACAAUUGUCACGGGAAUCACAUGGAUUCUGGGAUUUGCUUUGGCCUUCUACUCAACACCAUAUUUGGAGUAUCCCUACGUCGUUAUAAACAGUUGCCAAGGUAGAACUUUUUUGUUCUAG